UUGAAAAGCCUGACGCCAUGCUGAUUCCCGAUCCUUAGAAAGUAUGUGACUUGCUUUUUUCUAUCUGAAAGUGGUUAGGGUCUUCUCUUCCCCCCUGCUACUCUCGAAUCUCAUGACAUGCCUUCCAUGGGUGUCCUUGCAUUCAUCAAACGAGACCCCUUCUAAUCAAGAGACGGUAUCUCAGUCCUGGGAAAUCUUCCUGUGUGGUUUCUCUUAAGGCAUUUCUUCUCCUUGGUUCCUUCUGUUUUGAACCAUUUUGUUUGGAUGUUAGACUUCCCGGACGGGUUCUCUGAGUCUCUUUCUCUGGUCUUUCUUGCUUUCCUUCUCUCCUGCUCUCACUUCAUUUCUCUUUGUUGGAGAUUACAUUUCUACCCUUGUAGUUUCCAUUUCCCAGAGGGCUCCCGUGUUCUCUGUCUGGUUUUCAUGGCAUUCUCCGAAGGUUGUCAAGCGAGGAGGGUCAGAGGUGGAUAAAGUGGCCUGGGCUUAUUGUGCCUUCCCCUCUCCCCUGAGAGCCGCCUCUGAGGUCCCACAUGGCUCCUCCAGUCUGGACUCUGGUGCUGCUGGCGGGGGCCGCCUGGGGCCGGGGCCACCUGCCUGCCCCUGUCCGGAAAGAGAAGCCUCCGGACUGGAAGGCAGUUGCUCGCAACUCGAGGGAUAACUCCGUUCUCACCCAGUGUGACUUUGAGGAUAACUCCAAACCCCUCUGUGACUGGACCCAAGCGUCCACAGAUGACGGGGACUGGAUUCGAGCCAGUGGGCCCUCCCCUACCGGCACCACUGGUCCCCCUGGGGGGUACCCCAAUGGAGAGGGCCACUACCUGCACAUGGAAUCAAGCACCUUCCACCGGGGCGGGGUGGCCCGUCUACGCAGCCCCCCCAUAUGGGAGCAAGGCCCCCUCUGCGUGCACUUCGCCUACCACAUGUUCGGGCUGUCGUGGGGCGCACAGCUCAGACUGCUACUGCUCAGGGACAGCAAGGAAAAGCACCCCAGCGUGCUCUGGAAGCACAUUAACACCCAGAGCCCCUCCUGGAUGCCCACUGCUGUCACCGUGCCUAUGGGGCUUGUCCUCCCCAGCCAGGUGAUGUUUGAAGGAGUGAGGGGCAGCACGGCUUACCUGGACAUCUCUCUGGAUGCCAUCUCUAUCCAUCGGGGCUCCUGUAAUCGCGGUAAGCCCCAGUCCCUCUUCCUUCUCUCUGCCUCCACCACCUGCCCAGAGUGGCAGAAGUAG